ACGAACAAUAUAUUUCUUUUUAAUCACAAAUAUUUAGCCACAAUGCCAAUAGUGACGUCGUAUAUAGUAUUUUUGAUAUUAACACUGCCCUUAAUAACUUUAGGGCUUGACAGAAAUACUUUCGAAUUUGCCACAGACUACUUUAAAUAUAGAGAUGUCAAGUUUAUUUGCUUACUCACCUGUGGAAGUAGCGUUUCAGCAUUGCUACAAUUUUCGAAAAUUGCAUCGAACCUAACAAUCGGCGUAUCGGGGGUAUCCCUGGAUAAACCCGGCUCGAACCAACUCGAGAUGUGUUUGCACCGGAAAUUACAUCAACUUGGAGUGUUCUUGGAUGCUCAGUGUGAAAAAUCUGACGAUGUUCUGUACUUCGCUUCCCGAAACAUGCGGUUGGAUGCCACACACAAAUGGCUUAUAAUUGACGAUGACAAAGCUGAGCCAGGACCGUAUAAUAAUACAGGAAUCAAUAGUACGAUGUUUGAUGAGAGCAAUACCGGCGUAAUUGAAGUGCUACGUAAUUUGAAUAUUAGUGUCGAUGCCGAUAUUGUAUUAGCUUCGGAUGUUAUUUUCGGGUAUAACUUGUACGACAUCUUCAACUAUGGCAAGAUUCAGGGAGGGAAUUUAAUUGUGAACAAAAUUGGCUCCUGGAAUGAGAGGCGAGGUCUGAAGCUUAACGCUGAUUUAAAUGAUUAUAAAUAUUAUCGGCGAUGGGACUUCCAAAAUAUAUCGAUGCGAUUAAUUUUGGUGAUCCAACCGGCCCCAAAACAUUUUGACCCGGAGUCAUUGCAUGGUCUGCAGGAAGUUCCAGGUGUAGCCAGGAUAACCCAUGUUUCUACAGCCAUUCUUUAUACCGUGGGUAAAAUACAUAACAUGGGGUACGUUCACACAAUAACGGAUCGAUGGGUCGGCACGUAUGAAAAAAAUAGCUCUAGGGUAGUAUCCAACUCAGUAUAUUAUCGAGAACAAGAUAUAUCACCGGUCAUCCGACCUUACACAAUAAUAAACAGAUGCGGUUUCCUGAACACACCUCUCACGUCUAUUGAAACCAGAUAUUACUACCUUAUACCAUCAAAAGGGCCUGGAAAGUUCGAGAACCAGUUCCUAAGACCCCUGAAUCCUGCUGCCUGGUGGUGUGUCAUCGGUGUCUCCGUACUAUGCGCUCUAAUCCUACUUCUGACAGCUUUGGUGGAACAACGUCCAUCGUCGGUGCAGUAUGCUGUGUUCUCCGUCGUGGCAUCUAUUUGCCAGCAAUUUUUUCAAGAUAUUGAUGAUGGUGGAAGAAGAAGGGUUUCAACAGCUCGAAAACUUACGAUAUUCGUGACCGGUCUAUCCUGUGUGUUGACAUACAAUUACUACACCAGUUCUGUAGUUAGCUGGCUUCUGAACGGGCCACCACCUUCCAUUAACUCAUUGAAGGAACUCCUGGAGAGCCCACUGGAGCUGAUCUACGAAGACAUCGGAUAUACUUGGUCGUGGUUACAGACUCCAAAAUACUAUUUUUCUCCAAGACACGCGCAUAUCGAAGAUGAAAUUCGCCAAAAGAAAGUGUUCAAUAAAAAGAAAAAUGCGCCGUUAGUGGAACCGCUGGUUAGAGGGAUCAAAAUGGUGCAAGGAGGAGGCUAUGCUUACCAUGCAGAGGUGAAUAGUGCAAAUACUCUGAUAUCAAGAACGUUUACUCAAACCGAGAUUUGUGCGAUGGGGUCCUUGUCAUCCAUGGAGAAGACGAUGUUGCAUCCUGCUCUUCAGCUGAACAGUCCCUUCAAAGAGUUCUUGGAUUGGAGUUUAAUGCGUCUAUCAGAGCGUGGCGUUGUCUCGUGUAUUCAGAUCCGUACAUCGACAGCCGCAGUCAAGUGCGCGGGGAGUUCUCCAAGGGCCCUCGCUUUGGGCGGUGCAGCGCCAGCCUUCAUACUCUUAGCUGGGGGAUACUUACUUGCUAUCAUUAUUAUGAUGGUUGAAAGAUACGUGUAUAAAAUGACCCACCGCAGGAAUGGGUUAAACUUUAAAUAG